UUUCUUUUUCCACAUUUUUCCUUACAUCAGAACCUUCCUUCCAACUCUCUAGUUCUUUUUUUCUUGUCCAAAUCUUAUACUAUCCCAUUAUAUUUUCUAUUAAAAUAGUCAAAUUAAUUAAAGAAAAUAAUUUAUUUUUCAUAUCCUUACUUAUUUUUCAUCAAUUCUUAUACUAGUAUAGAAGUACUAUAGCUAAGUUUAGCUCAUGUACUCUAACUAUUAUUACUGAUUUCAAUUUAAUUCAGUACAAUUUUCAUGGAAAAGUUUUUUUUUUUUUUUUAUUUUAUUUUAAAUGAAACCCUAACUUUUGAUUAGUUGUCAAUAUAUUAUAAUAAUAUACACUUUCACUUUCCUUUAUUCAUUGGAGUGUUGAAGUUAUUAAGCUGAAAAAAGUAUAGAGCUUGGAAUGGAUAAUUAUACUACAUCAUCUACUUCUCCAUACAAAGGUAAUAGUCAUCAAUAUCAUCAUCAAAAUCAUCAAGAAUGGAUGAUGAAUAACUCAUCAUCCAUGGCGGGGGCGAAGGUGGUGGUGGUGGAAGAAGGCGGCGAAGAACAUCAAGCAAAAUCAGUAAUAGAAAAAGAACAUAUGUUUGAUAAAGUAGUAACACCAAGUGAUGUGGGAAAAUUAAACAGAUUAGUCAUACCAAAACAACACGCAGAGAAGUAUUUUCCAUUAGAUUCAACAGUUAAUGAGAAAGGUUUGCUUUUAAAUUUCGAAGAUAGAACAGGAAAACCAUGGAGAUUUAGGUAUUCUUAUUGGAAUAGUAGUCAAAGUUAUGUUAUGACUAAAGGUUGGAGUCGUUUUGUUAAGGAAAAGAAGCUUGAUGCGGGUGAUAUUGUGUCGUUUCAAAGAGGUAUUGGUGAUAUUGGUAAAGAUAAAUUGUUCAUUGAUUGGAGGAGAAGACCCGAUCAUAAUAAUAAUGGUAAUUCUAAUUUUCAUUAUAAUCCUAUUAUUGGUCGUACUACUACCUCUUCUUUUCAUUAUAAUCCUAAUUUUGUGUUGAGAUCUCAUCCUCAUCAUAUUAAUAAUAGUUUUAACCCUUAUGGACAAUAUCAUCAAACCACACCUCAUUUAUCGACUAUGAGUUUAAUGAACGUGCUUCCAUCUCAAUCGAUUGGUUCGGGUCUGGGUAUGGGUAUGGGUAUGAGUACGGGUUUUGGGUAUGGAAGUGUGGUGAACCCGUAUCCAGGAGGAUCCAACACGGUUUUUUUUGUUAGAUCUCCAACACUAGCAACUCAACAUCAGAAUGUACCAAAUUCAUCAGAAGGGGGAGAAGGAGGGAUAAGAAGAAGAGAAGGGUGUGGGGAUGAGGAGAGUAUGGUAAUCGAAUCGGUGCCGGUGGUCCAAGGUAAAGCUGCAGCGAAGAGAUUAAGGCUGUUUGGCGUGAAUAUGGACUGCCCCAUAUCAAAUCAAAGUCAUGAUAUUGACAUCUUGUCUUCCUCUUUGGGUUCCUCUUCGUCUUCUCCUAACUACCAUCAUCGUUAUCAUGAUCGUGAUCAUGAUAAUCAUGAUCAUCAUCAUCAACAUGGGUCUAUUUCAAUGGCCCCACCACAUCUUACUCUACAUCCUCCUUCACAAUCAAGCUCAAGAUCAUCAUCAUCCUUCUUCAAUGGAAGAAAUCAUAAUAAUUCUCCGGAUAAAGGCUGAGUUAUUGUGGCUCAUUUCUGUCUCAACUGUGAAGUCGGAUAAUGAAGAGAAGUGAACUACAGAUAUAUGACAACCAACUCAGUUAAAUCCGGCGGGUCACGUACUCACAUCUCAUGAUCAUUGGCUACAUAUAAUGAAAAGUUUUUAUAGGCAAUGAAAUUAGCUCUUGUCGUCGCUGCUUGCUUGGGCACGCCUACAGCUGCUGGCUGCUGCUACAACUAUAUUCCUGUAGUAUUAUAAUAUAAUAUAAUACUUACUAAACUGCUGCCAGACUCUUUAAAAAGGUACUCUUCUCUUUUAUUUUUAUUUAUUUUUUUCAUCAUUAAUCACAACUAGUGUUAAUACAGUAGUACUAUAUAUGCUUAUCUGUCUGCCUAGCUUCUAAGCUGUCUUUCCUCUAGACAAUUAGUUACUUUAAUUAGUUACUUAGUGCCCUAAUAAAGCUUCUAUUUUCAUUGCUAUAAAGGUCCAUACACAUAUUACAUAUAUCAAUAGCAUAUUUAUUUACUCGUGCAUUCAUUUUUAUUAGGAGUACUAUAUUACUAUUGGCUAUUUCAUUUAUUAAUAUUCAUCCAUCAAUAUUAAAAAUAAUUUAAUUAUUUCGAAUUAAUUAUGACAUUACAUUGUCCGUUCCAUCCAUUUUGCUACUUUUUUAAUCUAAAAGCCCAUACGUACAAUUAAAAAUAAGAAUACAACAAACUUAAAACAAUAAUGUUCGAGUCUUAAUUCUAAAAAAUUAGAGUCAGUUAUUUAAUGGGAAUAAAUAUUGUUGCACAAUUGAUGUUGGCUUAUUAACAAAUUAUGUCCUUUGCAUUCAUGUUGGCUUAUUAACAAAUUAUGUCCUUUGCACAAUUGAUGGGAAUAAAUGUCUAAUAUAUAAACUUCCAUAAUUGGUUUAACUAAAUUUGUUCCUAAUAGUUUUGAACUGUUAAUAUAAAUAUAAAAAUGAAUGAGAAUGAAUAUGUUUAUACAUAAAUUAGAUUUAUACAUAGCAUGUAUGAACUAGCAUUGGAUUGAUAAUAUUGUUUAAGCUUAUUUAAAAAAUAAAGCCUAGUUGAAAGACAUGUAGGGAGAACAGGUCUUAAGUUUGAACCACUUAAUUUUUCUUAUAUUAAAAUGUGAGAAUCCGAAGAAAAUUGAAGGAUAUUAUACACACACAUGGGCACAUAUAUAAAGGGUUAUAGCCUUAUAGGGUUUUGUUUACUAUGAAGCCAAGUAUUUAGCCUGUUGGGACGUAACUACUCCUUUUUAAUAAUUUGUUAAUUCUAUAAUUAAUUAACUAGAGUAUAAAAUUAAAUGUUGUUUAGUGUUUGUAUGUACUUGUUGAUUAAGUAUACCUCAUUUAGUUGUAUAGAAAAUGAGAUUCAGGUUUUAUCUCAGUUAGAGCAUGCAUCACUUUUACAAUAGUAGUCUAAGUUUGAUUCUCGAUAGCCCUUUGCUUCCCUUUGUUGUAUACUUCCUCUUGUUUUUAAUAGUUGCUACACUUAUAUUUUUUUACGAUAUUCAAUGCAUGAUUUUAAUCUAUAAUAAAUAUCUUUAAUUACUUAUAAUAAAAUUUUAAAAAGUUAUUAUAAUGAAAAUAUGCAUUAAGAUGAAUCAAACAAGAUCUCACUUGAUUAUAUUUAGAUUAUACAUGGAGAAAUAUAUAACAGUAUCAGAUUAAAAUCCAGAGGAAGUAGAAAAUAAACAAGUUACAGGUUUCUGACGGUUAGAGUAUAUAACAUAUUUUGGGCUUUAACCAUUAGCUUAAUUAAGUUUUUAGUUGAUUUGGUUUCUAAGUUUAUGAUUGAAACUCUGGGAUUUGUUAUAUACUCUAUCAAUAUCUAUGAAUUUCAUUGCUUUCGGUUCAAGUUUUGCUUUCAUUUACAGACAUCAGCUGUCUUUUCUUUAUUUAACGGGAAGUGAGGAGCCUUAGACGGAUACAAUGGAUAAAUCUGAGCAGCAACAGGUAUGUGUAAGUGCAACUAUAAACUGAUCAAGAUACAACAGUAAAUUAGGUCAAAAAUUAAACCCUAUGCAAAUUGAAUUGUGUAAUAACAUUGAAAAAUUACAGUAGAGUUGGGUUUGUACACAUGCCGAUAUGAAUGCAUGGCCCACUCUAUACUAGUAUAAUGGAUUCACCCCUGGUUGACGGUAAAAUUCUAUAUAUCUGACCGGCCUGCAACUUACUGCCCAUUUGGUUUAUGAAUUUUAAUUGGUGAUAAAUAGUCAAUUUAUUUCUAGUAGGAAAAUCUCUUAAUAAAUUUAACGGUCAUACUUAAACUACUUCAUCAUCUCAUUUUCAUACAAAAUUUAUUCAAAUGCAUUAUUAUUUGAAAAUAUGGUUUUAAAUGGUACUGAAAAAUUAUAAAAUAAAAUUUUUUUUGAUGAUCAAAGCUAGUUUCAUUACCGCGAAAUAUAUGACACAUUUUUAAAAGGGUUUACUACACAUGAUUUCAAUUUGCAAUUAUUUUAGUACCAACAAGUAAACGGAAGCAGGUUAGAUAGGGUGAUGGAAUGUUAUAUUGCUAGUUGCAUUGCUAGCGACUAAAAUAGCAUACCAAGUAGCCUGCCACUUGAUACAUGCUUCUCUAUGAACAUAGAUUUUACUCAUCGUAAUUUGGUCUGCCAAUCAGUUGUUGCAAUGAAAGAACUAGCUAAUUAGGUCAUCAAGGUACAGUUUUAUGCACUUGGGAUUGAAGAAGUUGCACAAAUAACUUUGUGCAUUUGAAAACAUCAAUAUUUACAUCUAUCCAUCAAAUAAAUUACCCAUUCAUCGUAGAUAUAUAAAAGUAAUGGUAUUUAACUUAUCAAUAAUAAAUAUAUAAAUAUUUUAUUUAUUUAUUAAUAAUAAGAAGUUUAUCCAUCGUAUCAACUAAAUUUUUUCGAUGAGUGUUAAUUAACUUGUGUUUUAUUUCUUAAUUAGUUAUAGCAUCUCUUGCUUGGGACUUGGGAGCAUCAUAUAUAGGGUCUUAGACAUGAAGCAUGAGGAGACAUAAGUAUAAAAAGUGGGGUCCCCUAGGUUACUUCCUAGCUCCUAGAGAUAUCUUGCAACUAUCUAUGGAAAUCUUGCUUAACUUGUGCUUGUCUUUAAAGAGGCAAGUAUUGUGUGAAGGUAUACAUCUCUCUAGCUAGGCUUAGGUUGCUUAUUGAUUGAGAGCCUCAUUUGAAGAACUUUUAUUUAUUUACUAAAAAAAUUUAAAAAUGUUGGAUGAUAGAAGUAUAUAAUUAAGUUGAAAAUUUUGAUUUGGAAUUAGGAAAAUUUAUGUAUUAGGCCUAGGCCUUCUUGUCUAUAGCUUGUGUUAUUUGAUCAUAAAACUAUCGAUGUUGAUUUGUGUAUUAUAAAAAUAAAACUGAACAAUGACAAUCUAGCUGCUUAUUACAUAUGUAAAGAUGAGUGUUCACUCCAUACUAUUAGAUUGAUAAUCGUUCAUCUUGUUUGCAUUUUCGCUUUAAGUCAACUUGGACAAGACUUUAUUUAAAAAAAAAAUUGAAUAUUUUGGAGAUAAUAUUAUGAAUUCAAUUAUAUAUUUUUGAAAGAAAGAGUUAAUAUGGAUUCUAUUUUAUAAAAAAAAAAUUCUAAUUUGAGUACAUUGUUUUACACAAACCAUGAGAAAAUAAACUUAUUCCAAUAGAAUAUUUUAGUCAAACAUGGAGAUAGGAAGGAAUCCAGCCCCAAGAAUCCCUAAAGCUUAUUAUAAUAAAUCAGUUGGUUUUAAAUAACUGGUACAAUUUUUUUUGUUCGUCCCUUUAAAGUUAUUCGUUUUUAUAUUUAGUCAUAAUUUAUGUUGUUUUUCUAAUUAUAAUCCAUAUUUUCACUCAUUUGUACAUGUGAUCAAGGUUGUUAGAAUCGAAAUUCUACCUAGGAUUGAUGAGGAGGUAGGAUCAAAAUCGGAUCGUAAGAUCAUAUGAUCUUACAAAUAUGCAUUAAUAUGCUCUGGAAAAUUGAUAACCAAUUAUUUUGUUUUUUUUUAAAGUUUUAAAGAGUAAAUUAAAAUUUAUUUUACUUCAUCUAUGAAGUUAUGAAAUACUUUUAAUAAUCAAUCAACUUCAAAUUAAGAAAAACAUGAAUUUUAUAGUCAUAUUGUUAUAAUAAUUUUACAUAAAUCUAUGUAUAAGUGAAAUCUAGUCUAUAAGAUAAUUUUUUUACGAUUAAGACUACUUUUGUGGGAUCGUUGAAUCGCAGGGUUAUGAAAUAGUGUUAUAAUUCUACCUUUUAAAUUCUUGAGAUAAGUGGAUCAUACAAUCCUACCAAUGUAACUUUAAAAUCCUACCAAUAGUCCAGAUCGAUCACCAAUUUUUAGAUCAUAACAUCGUAAAUCGUAGAUCAGGAUCCAAAUUCAAAUAGCUUAUAUGCCUGUGAUUGUUUGUUUAGGACAAAGGGGUUAACAAAUAUGAAGUGGCUUUUAACACUUUUUAUAAAAGAUAUGAUUGGUUGGAGAGCUAAAAAUCAUAUAUGUAGCCUAGAGUCUGAAGAGAAAAAUAAAGAUAAGAACCAAUUAAUUGUGUACGUUUGCGGUUAAAUUUCAUGUAUGAUAUAUGUUUUAAAAUUUUAGGUUUAUAAUAUUUCAAUUUGUUUUUUUAUAAAAAGUGAAAUUAAUGUUGAUAGUAUCAUUUGAUAUUUUUGUUUUAUAUGUUUAAUAUUGUAUUUUAUUAACUGUGAUGUCCCCAAUUUGUCACGACUCGUCGCCUAUUCACUGAAGUCACAUAUCCCAGGCAGAGCAAAAGUGACGACUAGUCGCCCCUAAUGUCACGAGUCAUCGCCAGCACGUCAGGUGUUUUUCACGUGCAAUUGACGAUUUUUUUUUUUGGAGCCACUAUAAAUAGUGGUAGUUAUUUUUUAUCAUUGGUCAGUUUUUUCUUAGUUUUAGUUUUAGUUUCAGUUUUCUCUCUUUUGUUAUU